AUAUUAUUAUACAUUUUCGGAAUUUCAUGAGCUCCGGUCAUCUAACAUUAUAUAAACUAAAAUUAUCAACUUAUUUCUUGUGAUUCUCAUAAAACAAACAAUUGAAAAACGAUCCUAAAAUGUUUAGAAAUUUGUGCAUGCUUCGCAGAAAUAUCUUGCUAUCGCGAGUUAUUUAUUCGAGUUAUACUUUUCGAGCCAAUCUGGUUACAACUGCCAAAUACCGUUCAAAGCCAAUAAAUGAAGUUUCAGUGUCGGAUAUAAAUAUUCAUGAGCUGGCAAAAGGUGACGAUGAGUUUACGCGAAAUUUUCUAACUACCAAACUUUCGUGUGAGGUGAGUGAAUUCUCCUCCCCCAAUGAUGCUACCGAUCCUGCCACACCUGUUGAAACGGAAACGGAGUCACCAGCAGCAAGUGCUGGGGAGAGUGUGACUAUUUUGGAUAAGGAUGGAAUGCCGAUUGUGCCUAUUGAAAUCGAUGGAUGGAAAAAUGCCGAAUAUGAUGAGGAUGGACCGACCAUACAAAAUCCCUCGGGCGCACCGCUUGACAUAGGCAACGAUAUCGAGUACAAAAAGGAACAAAUGUUGGAGGUGCCGGAUAAGCGAGAGGGGCAAUUCGAGUACAAGGGCAUAAAGGUUAAGUUGCCCGAAUCGGCGGACAAGGAUGUGGGCACCUAUAGAUUCCGACGUGACCCUGAGGAUCUGGAGACUGUUGGCGACGAUAUGCGUCUCGUUAAGUUCGACAAAAAGUAAUUGCUAGUUAAUAUUUCGGUGAAUGUGUUUAUGACUGUGGACUUUAGUUUUAAUUAGUGUCUAUGCCAAAAUAAAAUCAACAAAAUUAACAAUAUAAGAA